AUGCGGGGUAAAGCUAGUGAAGUUGUGGAGACAAUGACACGGAGAAAAGUGGACUUGUGUUGUCUCCAGGAAACGAGGUGGAAGAUGGAUGGUAUCAAGAUAAUCGAUGGUAAAGACUCGCGCUACAAGUUCUCCUGGUCCGGAAAUGACAAGGGCACUAGUGGGGUCGGCCUCAGCGAUGCUGAGAAAGACCGCUUAUACCAGAUGCUGCAGAGUGCUGUUGCCAAGGACCCGGCCUCGGAGCAGCUCAUUAUUUUUGGUGACUGGAACGGGCACAUCGGCGCUGAAUCCACUGGCUUCAGAGAAGUGCAUGGUGGGCAGGCCAUCGGGCAGCGGAACACCAAAGGGGAGAGAGUGUUGGAGUUUGCGUUUGCUAAUGAGCUCGUUGUUGGCAACUUCUGGUACAAGAAGAAAGCUAGGCACCUCGUCACUUACCAGUCUGGAACAGCCGCUACACAGAUCGAUCUCAUCCUGUUCCUGCGCAAUUUCAGAAGACAGGUGUCAAAUGUUAAGGUCAUUCCUUAG